CUACCGGUUGGUUGGUAGUAUGGAUCAAGCUAGUAGCAAUAGUCGCACUACCGACAAAGUCGGACUUUGUUCGUUGUUGCCGACGCUGCUGCACGUAUCGGCCAACCCAUCGGCGUUUCAUGAUUUACCGAGUGCCGCGGGCUGCGUUCUUUUUCUCCCCGCACCUUCCACCAACAUCAGUGACGCCAAUGGCAGCGACGCUCUUUGGAAUUCUUCGGAUAAAGUUACCGAAUCGCUGGUCCGUCUCUUCCUAGACCAACAAAACGCAGCGGAAUGGGAACACUUGGUGGAUUCUUGGCAGGCCCAUCCGGCGGAUUCAACAUCCGACGUCGAUGACGCGCUCCGCUGCUAUAUACAAUUGCGUCAGAAGGAUCCUUCACGACAUUCCGUCGGUGGAGACGAAGACCUGCUGUGGUGGCAAGCGGCAAACACAUCGGGAUCAAAGCUUCCGCCGGUAGGCAAUUGGACCAAACUGAAACGAGUGCUAUGGCCUCUGUCGGUGGUCGUACCAGCUUUGUCCUCCGCCGACAGCGCAAACGGUGGGAGUGCUUCUCCACUGAAAUCGACUGUCACAUCGUCACGAUGUGUCGUCGCGAAGGAAUCCCUCGCCGAUAUGCUCGUACAAUACACACCUUUGCGAGACACGGUCUUGGAGUUCUUGCUGCGUCAGGUACUACUGUUGGAAAGGCGCACCCACUUGGAAAAGACAGCCAGACGUAACUCCCUACAGUCCCCGGAAACAACGAUUGACGUGAGUGACCCGAGUUCCAGUCACAAUGUUUUGAAGACCCUCUUGCUUCGGACCUUCCAUCGCGCGGGGGGAAAGUUCGUAUUCCGAGGAAAACAAGUGGAUCUACAACGGCUGCGACUUCAGAAUUUGUUGGCGUUGGAAUCACCCGCACUGAAAAAGAAGCGUGGCCAUCCCGGGAGCCCUCCGUCGACCAAUUCGGUGCCGAAAUUGUCUGUUGCAGCAGUCGCCGUGGUACCGGAAAAGCUAAAAUCGGGCAACGAACAUCAAUCUCAUAACACCACGUCGAGUGUGGAUCAAUCGACGAGAAACUCGCAGCUGGAGCAACUCGACAUCGAGAACAAGCGCAACGAGCUCAUCAAGAUCUUUCAAAGUAAAGAGACACCCGCGAAGGUUCGGCGCCUCAAUGGUACCGUUUUGGUAACUCAAGAUUGCGAUGGCAUGACCGAAAAACAGUUUCUGGAAGAGACCCACUUCAUGGGACGCGUCAACGCCACAUUUUGCAGGCAAUUUUUUCCCGGGACGUCGCGGCCACGAUUGGCGACCGUGUCCCUUGUACCGGAUCAGCUGCAACGACUACGCAACAUUUUCUUUAGCAGCACAGAUGGCCGUCUUCAUCGUCAUAUUAUCCCAGACGUUUCCAAUUCGCCAAAACACAACUACAUUUGCUUCGUCAACAAGUCCAACGCCGGUAGUAACGAUUCUCGCUGGCAAAUUCCCAUCAAAAUGCAUGUUCGCAUGCCUGUACCCACCCGCCAAGCCGUCGAAACGCUAUGCACCGAAACUGGAUUGGUGCACCCGAUUCACGAAAACCUUCGCGACAUUCAUAUACUGGUUGGGGGAACGGAAGAUCAAUCCUUGCAUCACGACAUGGCGCGGGAGUUUACGAGCUGGCUACCUACCGAAGAUUACGAAAGCGAGCAAGACGCGACAUUGGGCUGGGAGUACAACCGUCUGGCAUACAACGAUGCCAUGGCUAGCCGAUACUCUCCGAGUGGUCAGAUUAUUUCGCUUGGCGACCGAGCCACUGUUCACAUAGGCGUUCAAAAGGAUCAAGUGGAACUAGAAGGAACAAGUCGGUGUCGGGUGGUGAAUGGACGAGAAGGGGAAACUUUCAGGAUAGUGCGCGAAAGCCAGGAUGUGGUUGUGCUGGAAGCGGACGUUGGCUGUGCCUUUACCGGAGACUUUCCGCACGCUGGUGUACGCAACUUUGAGAGCAAAACCCCCGAGGGCAAAUUGAUGGAAUCCCUAUACGAAAAGAUCGAUUACAUUUUGGAGUUGGAUUUGGAUCAAGAGGAUACGACCCGCAUGGUCUUGGACGUCAUGUGCGCAUUUCCAGGGCUGCAUAAGAUAUGCAGGCUCUAUAUUUCGACGCAUCUAUCCGAAACUCGAAUGAAAAUUCCACAAAACACAAUCGGCUGGACCGACUGCGUUGCGAACGAUCCGAGCGUCAGUGACGUUACAACCAAAAUACCGUUAGACUAGCGAGAGUGAUUAAACCUCAUACACCCAUAGUGUAACAAGCCCAAGCAUGAAAAAAGCAAAC